GAGCUGUUGGCCGUUAUGGGACCCUCAGGAUGCGGAAAAACGACACUAUUGAAUUGCCUAUCCGGCCGAGUGGGCACGGACGGCGGAGAAAUCUGGCUGAAUCGCGAAAGACUGACAAAAAGAUCGCGUCGAAGGAUCUGUUAUGUACAACAGCAGGACGUCUUUUUUCCCGAUCUCACACUGCGUCAGACGCUCGAGUACCAGGCACGUCUGAGGCUUCCGGAUACACUUUCGCACGCUCAGAAGAUGCAGUGCGUGGAUCAUAUCAUCGAGGUUCUCGACCUCACCGGCUGUCAAGAUACGAUAAUUGGAGACUACACAAAACGUGGACUUUCUGGAGGUGAGAAGAAGCGAACCAGUAUAGCCUGUGAAUUACUCACGAAUCCAUCUUUAAUGCUCCUCGAUGAACCAACGAGUGGUUUGGACUCUCACUCAGCCCAGGCACUCAUAUCCCGGUUGAAAAAGUACGCGGAACAAGAGGGAAAGAGUAUCGUGGUUACCGUGCAUCAGCCGAGCUCCCGAAUGUUUCACAGUUUCAGUAAACUACUAUUACUCAGUCGUGGACAAGUGGCGUAUUACGGCUCCACGGCUAAUAUUGGCAGAUUUUUUGCUACGAUUGGACUGACUUUACUACCACAUUACAAUCCUGCUGACUUCAUUCUGGAACAAAUAAAGGGACCGGAAGAGGUUCGCGAGCGGAUUGUAGCUGCAGCGCGAACUGCAAGACAGGGACCGGACUGUCCACCGGAACUACGUCCCGAGUAUAAUCCCAGCCAACAUCCGCUCUGUGACCAUCUCAUGCAUUAUCACGAGCAUCACAUUACCCACAACGUGAAAGAGGAUGAAGGUCGUACACUGUGGCUGGACACACAGAGUCACGCAAGCAGCAGCGCAAGCUCGACAGACGACGACUAUUCCUGGCAGUGGCCCACGAGCUUUUGGUCCCAGUUCAAAGUAUUAUCAGAGAGAAACUUCCAAGAGGCGAAAUCCCGAAUGCUGUCUCGACUGAACUGGCUCCAGACAAUAGGCCUGGGAAUCCUCGCAGGACUCUUGUGGCUGAGAUUACCGAGAACCGAGGCAGCACUCCACGACAUCCAAGGAUGGAUGUUCUUCAGUACGACUUAUUGGAUGUUAUUCGCGCACUUCGGUACACUGUCCAGCUUUCCUCCAGAGCGCGAAGUCAUCAACAAGGAGCGGCUGUCAGGCUCGUAUCGACUGUCUGCCUAUUAUUUAGCCAAAAUGGUGGGUGAACUGCCACUCACGAUAACUCUACCAGCAGUUUAUCACAUCAUCAGUUACCCAAUGCUUGGAUUCCACAAUCCAGCUGUAUUUAUCGCACUUCUCGCAUUUCUUCUACUCAAUACUGUUGUUGCACAAAGUGCUGGAUUCUUCGUUGGUGCAUGCUGUCUGGAUCUGCAGGUCAGCAUAACAGCGUCUGCACUUUAUACAUUAGCAACACAACUACUUGGUGGAUAUUUGGCAACGGCUGUACCACCGUGGCUGGCGUGGGCACGAUAUGCCAGUAUGGUACACUAUGCUUACCAAAAUAUGCAGAUACUUGAGUUUGGUGUCGGUGAUCCAAUAACGUGCUCACAACCGAGUAAAUUCCCAGAGUGCAGAAAUGGGACGACGAUACCAGUCUCAGCAAUUCUCGAGAGUCAAGGUGGUCGUGGCUCGGGUCUACCCCUCUGGGCAAACACCGCUGUUCUCCUAGCUUUCCUCGUUGUGUUCAGGACCCUCGGUUAUCUCGUACUACGCUACUACCGGAUUCCCAAGUGAACGACAAAAUAAAAUAUUAAAUUAAAAAUCGACCACAUAGUAUGAAAAGAAAAAAUGUUUAUAUGUU